CUAGGAGGUUGUGGGAGAAGGAAGAUGGCCAGAGCUUUGUGUCCACUUCAUGUCCUCUGGCUUCUGGAGUGGAUGCAGCUGCUCUUGGGACCCGGUACAGCCCCUCCAGCCUGGGCCUUGAACCUGGACCCACUGCAGGUCACCUUCUACACAGGCCCCAAUGGCAGCCACUUUGGGUUUUCACUGGACUUCUACAAGGACAGCCGUGGGAGCGUGUCCAUCGUGGUGGGCGCCCCGCGGACCCUGGGCCGCAGCCAAGAGGAGACGGGCGGCGUUUUCCUGUGCCCCUGGAAGGCCAAGGGCGGCCAGUGCACCUCGCUGCCCUUCGACCUCAAUGAUGAGACCCGAAAAGUAAGCUUCCAAACUUUUCAAACCUUCAAGGCUCGGCAAGGACUGGGGGCGUCGGUCGUCAGCUGGAGCGACUACGUUGUGGCCUGCGCCCCCUGGCAGCACUGGAACGCCCUAGAAAAGACCGAGGAGGCUGAGAAGACGCCGGUAGGUGGCUGCUUCGUGGCUCAGCUCGAGAAUGGCCGCCGUGCGGAGUACUCGCCCUGUCGAGCCAACACCAUGAGCAGCCGUUACAGUAGAGGAUACAUGGACAGGCGCUACUGCGAAGCCGGCUUCAGCUCGGUGGUCACUCAGGCUGGGGAGCUGGUGCUUGGGGCUCCUGGCGGCUAUUUUUUCUUAGGUCUCCUGGCGCGGGUUCCAAUUGCCGAUAUCGUCUCGAGUUACCGCCCGGGCACCCUCUUGUGGCACGUGCCCAACCAGAGCUUCACACUCGACUUCGGCGGACAAGAGUACUUUGACGGCUACCGAGGGUACUCGGUGGCCGUGGGCGAGUUCGAUGGAAAUCUCAGCACUACAGAGUAUGUCUUCGGUGCCCCCACCUGGAGCUGGACCCUGGGAGCGGUGGAAAUUUUGGACUCGUCCUUCCGGAUGCUGCACCGGCUACAUGGAGAGCAGAUGGCUUCCUAUUUUGGGCACUCGGUGGCAGUCACUGACGUCAACGGGGACGGGAGGCACGACCUGCUGGUGGGCGCACCACUGUACAUGGAAAGGCGUGCCGACCGCAAGCUGGCCGAGGUGGGGCGUGUUUACUUGUUCCUGCAGCCUCGAGGCCCCCAAGUGCUGGGUGCCCCUAGCCUCCUGCUAACCGGCACACAGAUCUACGGGCGAUUUGGCUUUGCCAUUGCGCCUCUGGGCGACCUCAACCGGGAUGGCUACAACGAUGUUGCAGUGGCCGCCCCCUUUGGGGGUCCCAGUGGUCGAGGCCAGGUGCUGGUUUUCCUGGGUCAGAGUGAGGGGCUUAGCUCACAUCCCUCCCAGGUCCUGGACAGCCCCUUCUCCACAGGCUCUGGCUUUGGCUUCUCCCUUCGAGGUGCCACAGACAUCGAUGACAAUGGAUACCCAGACCUAUUGGUGGGAGCUUACGGGGCCAACAAGGUGGCUGUGUACAGAGCUCAGCCAGUGGUGAUGGUCACUGUCCAGCUGCUGGUGCAAGAUUCGCUGAAUCCUGCUGUGAAGGAUUGUGUCCUACCCCAGACAAAGACAUCAGUGAGCUGCUUUAACAUCCAGAUGUGCGUGGGAGUCAGUGGCCAUAACAUUCCUCAGAAGCUGCGCCUAAAUGCCGAAUUGCAGCUGGAUCGGCAAAAGCCCCGCCAGGGCCGGCGGGUGCUACUGCUGAGCUCUCAACAGGCAGGCACCACCCUGCACCUGGACCUGGGCAGGAGGACAAGCCCCUUCUGCAACACCACCAAGGCCUUCCUCCGAGACGAGGCUGACUUCCGGGACAAGCUGAGCCCCAUCGUGCUCAGCCUCAAUGUGUCCCUGCAGCCUGAGACGGAUGGACUAGCCCCUGGUCUCGUGCUUCAUGGAGACACCCACGUCCAGGAGCAGACCCGCAUCAUCCUGGACUGUGGGGAUGACGACCUGUGUGUGCCCCAGCUUCACCUCACUGCCAGCGUGAAAGGCUCCCCGCUCCUAAUUGGAGUCGAUAAUGUGCUGGAGCUGCAGAUGGACGCGGCCAACAAGGGUGAGGGGGCCUACGAGGCUGAGCUGGCCGUGCACCUGCCCCCAGGUGCCCACUACAUGCAGGCCCUCAGCAACAUCAAGGGCUUUGAGAGGCUCAUCUGUAACCAGAAGAAGGAGAAUGAGACCAAGGUGGUGCUGUGUGAGCUGGGCAACCCCAUGAAGAGGAAUGCCCAGAUAGGAAUCACCAUGUGGGUGAGUGUGGAGAAACUGGAAGAGGCUGGGGAACAUGUGUCCUUCCAGCUGCAGAUCAGGAGCAAGAACAGCCAGAAUCCAAACAGUGAGACUGUGCUGCUGGAUGUGCCUGUCCGGGCAGAGGCUCACGUGGAGCUGCGAGGGAACUCCUUUCCAGCCUCCCUGGUGGUGGCAGCAGAAGACGACGAGAAGACCAGUUCGGACAGCUGGGGCCCCAAAGUAGAGCACACCUAUGAGCUCCACAACAACGGCCCUGGUACUGUACGUGGUCUCCGCCUCAGCCUCCACCUCCCUGGCCAGUCCCAGCCCUCCGACCUGCUCUACAUCCUGUAUAUACAGCCCCAGGGGGGACUUCAGUGCUCCCCACAGCCCUCUCCCAACCCCCUCAAGCUGGACUGGGGGCUGCCCACCCCCAGCCCUUCCCCGGUUUACCCAGCCCAUCACAAGCGGGAGCGCAGAGAGGCGUUCCUGCCAGAGCCGAAGCAGCCCUCAGGGCUUCAGGAUCCAGUUCUCGUGAGCUGCGACUCGGCGCCCUGUACUGUGGUGCAGUGUGAGCUGCAGGAGAUGGCGCGCCGUCAGCGGGCCACGGUCACCAUGCUGGCCUUUCUGUGGCUGCCCAGCCUCCGCCAGAAGCCACUGGAUCAGUUUGUGCUACAGUCACAUGCUUGGUUCAAUGUCUCCUCCCUUCCCUACGCCGUGCCGGCCCUCAGCCUGCCCAGCGGGGAAGCUCAGGUGCAGACGCAGGUGCUUCGGGUCUUGGAGGACAGGGUCAUUCCGAUCUGGUGGGUGCUGGCAGGCGUGCAGGGUGGCCUGCUGUUGCUCACAGUCCUGGUCAUGGCCAUGUGGAAGGUCGGCUUCUUCAAGCGGAAUCGGCCACCCCUGGAAGAAGAUGAAGAAGAGGAAUGAUGGUGCAGCCCACACUCUGUCCCAGCAGGAAGACUAGGCGUGGUGCCUGCUCUGCCCCAUCUUCUCUGAGAGCCCCCCUAGCUCUGGUCACCCACAGGUUAGCGCUGUUCCAUGGAGGCCUCCUGCUGCCCUCCCCCCAAGUCAGAGAUGAGCCACCCUCUUUCCUACUGUCUAAUAAAGAGGCUGAGCCCCAACCCCCAGCAUGCUGCCUCCUCUUGGGGUCAGAGAAG